AUGUGGGCCUGCUCCUCCUGGGUUCCUAGCUGCACCUAGCCCCGCAACCCCCCUUCAGGGCCCAAGAUGUCCCCUGGGGCCUUGUGGAUGGCCCUGCUCACACCGUUCCUGCUGAUGGGUCCCACACACCAGAAACCGUUGCAGAGAUGGAGGCAGGCAUCCCCUGGGGGAAAUGCCCGCAGCUCUCUGGGAUUGUCCGGAGGUGGAGAGGAGGGCGUCUUCGACCUCAAGAUGUUCCUGGAGAACAUGAAGGUGGAUUUCCUGCGCAGCCUUAACCUGAGCACCAUUCCCUCCCAGGACAAGACCAGAGUGGAUCCACCCCAGUACAUGAUCGACCUGUACAACAGGUACACCGCAGACAAGUCCUCCACUCCUGCCUCCAACGUCGUGCGGAGCUUCAGCGUGGAAGAUGCUGUAUCAGCAGCUGCUACAGAGGAAUUCCCUGUCCAGAAACACAUCCUGAUCUUCAACAUCUCCAUCCCUAGGCACGAGCAGAUCACCAGGGCUGAGCUCCGUCUCCAUGUCUCCUGCCAAAAUCACGCGGGCUCCACUCAUGGGCUGGAAGGAAACAUGGUCAUUUACGAUGUUCUGGAUGUAGAUGAGACUUGGGAUGGUGCCUCAAGGACCAAGACCUUCUUGGUAUCUCAGGACAUUCAGGAUGAAGGCUGGAAGACCUUGGAAGUAUCAGGUGCCGUGAAGCGGUGGGUCAGGGCGGACUCCGCGGCAAACAAAAAUAAGCUAGAAGUGACAGUGGAGAGCCAUAGUAAAGGCUGUGACACACUGGAUAUCACUGUCCCUCCAGGCUCCAAAAACCUGCCCUUUUUCGUUGUCUUCUCCAAUGAUCGCAGCAAUGGGACCAAGGAGACCAGACUGGAGCUGAAGGAGAUGAUUGGCCAUGAGCAGGAGACAGUGUUUGUAAAGACAUCCAAAAGUGGUUACCAGGAGGCAGGUGAGAGCCAUGAGAAGGAGGAGGAGGAGGAGGAGGAGGAGGAGGAGGAGGAGGAGGAGGAAGCAGAUGGGCACACAGCUGUGGGACCACUUUUAACCAGAAGGAAGAGGAGCACAGGGACCAGCAACCAUUGCCAGAAGACGUCUCUCAGGGUGAAUUUCGAGGACAUUGGCUGGGACAGCUGGAUCAUUGCACCCAAGGAGUAUGACGCCUAUGAGUGUAAAGGAGGUUGCUUCUUCCCACUGGCUGAUGACGUCACACCCACAAAACAUGCCAUCGUGCAGACCCUGGUGCAUCUCAAGUUCCCCAAGAAAGUGGGCAAAGCCUGCUGUGUCCCCACAAAACUGAGUCCCAUCUCUAUCCUCUACAAGGAUGACAUGGGGGUGCCAACCCUCAAGUACCACUAUGAGGGAAUGAGUGUGGCAGAAUGUGGGUGCAGGUAGUCCCUGCAGCCAGCCAGAGUGGGGAUGCAGGAUAAGGUCCUGCAUCCUACUGGCCAUGGCAGGGGCUAUGU